AUGGCCUCUCUCGCAAAGACUAUCGUAGGCACCGGCCUGACAUCCGGCCUCGGUUUCGAAGCUCUCAAGCAGCUGCUCGAACAGGCCCAGCCUUACAAGAUUAUCCUCGGUGCUAGAAACACAUCUAGCACUCAAGCUGCAAUUGAUGGCCUCCAAUUCGACAAGGCAGCCAACGGCACAACUGUCUUGCCGCUGGAUUUGUCAGAUCUGAAGGGCGUCAAGUCCUUUGCUGAGCAGACGCUCGCUAAGCUGGGCCAGACUAAGAUCGAUUACUUGCUGCUGAACGCUGCCAUCACCAACAGUGCAGAGAAGCCGGGGCCGAAUGGCUCCAAAUGGUGCGAGGCGUACAUUGUGAACCAUCUCUCACAACAUUACCUUGUUCAUCUUCUUCGAGAGAAGCUGGUUGAGUCCAAGUCGCGCAUCGUGUUCGUCUCUUCGGGUGCGAUCCGUAGCGUGCCCGAUACUAGUGUUCUGGACAACGACCUCAAAGGCGGCUCAGGUGUAGGAGGGCGAACCAUCUACCCCGAGUCCAAGUUCACGCAACUUCUGGGUGCUCACUGGUGGCGGCGUCACCUCGCUGGCACGAACGACGUCGUUGCGGUUUCGCCCGGCUUGAUCCCUGGCACUGGACUUGGACGGGGCAACGGGAUGACUUUAAGUACUGACAUGCCGGACGCCAAAUCCGUCCCGGAAGGCGCACAGAGUAUUCUCCGCGCACUUACACGCACCGACAUACCCGAGGACCCGGAGCGGAUUUUCUUGACGAGUUGGGGUGAGUGGUGGGAGAAGAGCGUGUACGAAAACAGCCUGGAUAAGAGCCUCCAGGAUAAAUGGAGCCCCAGCAAGGAAGAGAUUGAGAAGGAGGAAGGUAUUUUAGCCUAA